CUAUGGAACUGCCACUUGGUAUUAUUAUACGACCAAAUUAUCGAGGUUUGCACUUAUGUCAGUUUUCUAUUCAAAACAACAGGGAUUUCGGUGUCUCUCGCUUGUUCCAAGUAAAAAUAGUGGUAUUCCAAACUUGAUAGAGUUUUAAUGUGAAGGUUGCUUCUAACUUGCUUUUCUGCCUGCUGACUUCAGCAUCAAGCUAAAAAGUGUAAUCAAUAUCGUACUUUUACGAUGGACUACUGAAAAAAACAUCAGCGUUUGUUUGAUUAGAUUAGCUUAUAACGAUCUCCACGAUGUAUUCAUUUUAAUUUAUAUGUGUACAGAGUUUGUUACUGAUUGACGGAAAUCUUGGUGUACUUCUUUAUGAGUUGUGCGUGACUGAAGAUAAAGAAGAGAGAAGAUUUUGUGUUUUGAAGAAUUGUGACAAAGGUUUAUGACCAUUUUUUGGUCAUAAACUACCAAGUGUAGUGCUUCAAGAUGGACCUUCCAGAUGGCCCUCCAGGGGCAGAAGGGUAUGAGGACACAGUCACUGAAGUACCUAGGAAACCAGACUUAGAAGACCCAUCUUGUACUAAGGCGGAGUUGGAGUUCCAAGAGCACCUGAACAGUUUGAAGAUCAACCUUGAAGAUGGCAGCACUCGGUGUAUGGUGGAGCGGCGCGGUCGCGACAUAUCGGGAAAGUGGAUCUACUUGUGCUACCCGUGCGCCGCUGUAUGUAGCGGGGAGAGUAUCCUGCAGACGCAUAUGUCGGGGAAGAAACACAAGAAUAAGCUGACUUUACGAAACGUUUGGCCAUUGAACAUCUACACGGACCACCCAUUCAAUCUAAGUGGUGGCAAGACAGUCCAAUCGGAGAAAGUACUGCAAAAGUUGGCGGAGGAUGCCGAGAUCCAGAACAAGUAUAAUAAGUACAAGAACAUUCCUUGCCACAUUCAGGAUUCUCUAGACUCUGUUAAGGCUCCGCUAGUGGGCGUAGAGUACCUGAUCGAGCACCCCCCUGAGCAGGCUCACUACGAGCCUUCCUACAUCUGCACUCUGUGCUCCAAGAAUGGCCAUCCACGGACCAUCAUCAACCACAUGACGUGCUUCCGGCAUCGCUUUCUGUACCUCGUGCGUCACUACCAGCAAGCGUGUUCACUGCUAUCUCCGUACCGCGUCCAGCACAAGCACCGCGAGGGGGUCGGCAUCAUCGUGAAUCGGCUGACGCAGCGCAUCGAGGACAAGUUCGGAAGGUUAAAGCCCGUCAACAUCGACAAAGAAGAAUAUGAAAAGAACAAGGAACAGAUUCACCAGUGGAUUUUCCAAGGACACCAUUUCUCUGAGAAGGAUGGUCCAUCUUUCAUAGAAGUUGUUGACAUUGGAUUGUUAGAAUCCCUGCAUAAGUCUAACGAUGAUAAGAAAAACUCAAAGACAGCCAAGGAUAUGAAAGAGCCAUCUCCACCCGUGAUAGCUGCGCCGUCAAAGCCAUUAUUUAACAAUUUCUCGCGGCCGGCGGGUCGGCAGGAGCGGCGCGCGGGUUCCGUGGAGUCGCUGUCUGACAUCAGCGACGAGGGGGACUUCGAGGCGCGCCGUCUCGCCUCCAAAACUACCAGUCGAUCUUCCAAGGAGAGGCCCGGCAAUCUCAGCAAAUCUCGCUAUGAGCCCUACCCGGACCGGCGCAACGUCUCGCCGACGCGCAGGACUGCGGUGCGGACGCAACACAGCCUGUCUCAGGAGAAGCAAUCAAGGCCUCCGAAGUACGAGUACAAGGUGAAGCUAGCUGAAGAGAAGCGGCUCGCAGCGGAAGAUUCAGCGAAGAAGACACUGGCUUACCAUGAGAAGAACCCGGAGAAACAUCCUCUGUAUCCCGAGGAGUGGAAAAAGUUUUGGAACAGGCGGUACAAAGAGAUACAGGCUGAGGGCAAGGAUCCGUCGAAGCACGACUUCAAGCCGGAAUGGAUAGUAUUUUGGACGGCUCGCAUGAAGGAGCUGCAUGAGGAGGAACUGCGCGUGCAAGUCAACGAGAUCUAUCGCCGCAUGUGUCUGUCGCCGCCAGACGUAAACAAGAGAUCACCAGACAGGUUACGCAAGAAGUCGCUCUCGCCUCGCCGUCGCUCCCCGGAGUCACGGCGGCGCUCUUCGGAGCGACACCGAGCGGAACAACCGGACCGACGCCGAGCGGAGCUGCCGGAGCGACAUCGAGCCGAGCAUCCGGAGCGCUACGACCGACAUGACUACGAGCGCCGCAGCCGCGAACCUUUGCCCCGUCGACGUACUCCCGAAUACCAUCGAUCACGACGAUCUCCAUUGCCUCCCGUGCGCCGGUCGCCGGGUCGUCGUCGGUCAACGGAACGUCGUCGGUCACCGGAUCGUCGCCGGACACCCGAACGUCGCCGGUCUCCAUUGCCGUAUCAUAAAACUCGAUCUAGAAGUCCCCUCUCAAGACGCAGCCCGUCGGGCGCGGGGCGCAGCCGCAGCCCGCUGUCGCAGCGCGAGGCGCAGCGCAACCGCAGCCCGGAGGCCCGCGCCGCCCACCCGCCGCCCUCCAUGCAGACCGUGCUCAUCUCCGACGACGAACUCAAGCCGGACGAUAUCUCACCUUGGAAUUCAGACAAUGACAUUGACUCCGUGGCAUCGGUGAUGGAAGUACACGCGGAGAGGUCUCGCGCGAGUAGCACGUCGCGAGGGCCCCGGCCUCCGCCCCGGCGCCGCCUGUCCAGCUCGGCCAGUAGGAGUGCGCCCCCCGCCGCCGACGGAGACAACGUCGUGGCCACACUGCGCCAGCUUGUCGCCCUCGAAGACUAUCUUGGCAGCUUGGGGCCUCGUAUUGUUGACUUACUAGCUGAAGCCCUUAAGAUGGAGAAGGAGAAAGCUAACUCGUCAGAGGCAUUGUUGGAGAGCGAGAAGGCAGUGGUGUUGAUAGAGACGGCGAAGGAGAAGCUGAAGGGCGCGGUGCAGGCGGGGCUGGUGGCGCCGGGCGCGGGCGCCGCGCUGCGCGCCGCCAUCGUGCGCGCCGCCGCCACGCUGCACGAGGCUGACAAGCGCGCGCAGCGGAAGCUACACGCGCUGAAACCUGUCGAAUCGAGCAAACCUGCUGCGGUCCCAGUAGCAGGCGUGGGUGAAGUAGACCGCGCCCAGAUCGCACAACAGAUGGCUGAAGCUUUGAUAGCUCAGGGCAAAACAGACGUCUCUUCUGAAGACCUUGCCGUACUCGUGGACGCCGUCGUCGGUAUGGCAGAAGCGAAGAAACGAGCUGCUGAGGAGGCCAAGAAGCCAGCAGUAGUAUCGAACAUGCAACCAACAUCACAACCAGCGAAAACCUUGCCUCCGAAAGCCAGUGGGACUGCCUCAGCAUUACAAUUGCUGCAGUCCGCGUAUGACGACAACGAAAAAAUGAUGGACCAAAGCAAUGCAUCAAAUGCUCCUGAUGCUAUGGAUGGGCUGUCAGAUUCCGACCUUGAGACCUUACUGAAGAACUUCAACGAGUUGUCGGCUGAGGAGCAACACAGCCUGAUAGCGUAUCUCAAGAAGAUGGAGACCAAGGAACCUCAACGCGUGGAGCGCUUGCGCCAGUACGUGAGCGAUGCCGCCGCCGCUGAACCCAAGAACGCUGGAACAGAACAACCUGCACAACCCGAGCCUCCUGCUGUGUUAGUCGAGAGUGACGACGACGAUGACUAUACUGUCGAGGAGGUUUUCCAAUCGGCUACCCAGAAAGUAAAGGAAGAUCAAAUACGACAGGAAAUGGAGAUUGUAAAGAAAUCAUUAGAAGAAACAAAACCGGAGUCUCCUGCUGCAGAGGAGCCAGUGAAACUAGAGACUACUCUCGCGGAUCUGACCAAGAGCUUGUCCUCGGCGUCUGACCUAUUCGCGUUGGUACAAGCAAGCUUGAAAUCAACCCCGGCCGCCACACCAGCGCCUCUGGCGCGGUCUCCGAACGUAGUAGUCAGUAACACGCAACCGAGAUCUUUUGGCGACCUGCCGGAGCCCACGCCAGCUAACCAAGAACCGCCAAAGUCACUAAUGCAAAAUGCGCCAGCUACUACAUCAAUUUCUUCUUCAUUUAAUUCUUCGCAAGACGCUCAAAGACCGCCAGUGGGACCUCCGUUACCGAGCCAACACCAAGGGAAUUUAUCCCGCCCUCCCUUACAUCAACAGGGACCACCACCACUUCUGCAACAGCGCCCGCAACAGCAGUUUCACCAACCUGCGCAGCAAAACUAUCAAUCACCUCCACGGCAAAACUACCCAUCACCUCCGCAACACCAACCACAUUACAAUCAACAGAAAUAUCAAGGUCCCCAACACAAUCAGGGACCUCUUAAUCAACAACACAAUCUGCCACCUGUUCAUCAGCAACAUAAUCAACCGCUACCUAAUCAGCAACUUAAUGAUCUACCCCCCAACCAGCAACAUAAUCAAUCAGCCCCUAAUCUCCAACACAAUCAACAAUUACAACAACAUAGUCAACCGCAGCAUCAGCAGCAAUAUAGACCGCCACAACAACAGUAUCAACAACACCAUUUUAAUGACAACAGGAAUAAGUCGACUGAACAUUACAAUCCACGUCAAUGGAAUUCACGCCCUAAUAACGCGAUGGAUAACAGAAUUCCAGCUACCAGGGGCCCUGCUCCUGACAACGUGGGAUCUAACGCUCCUUACAACCAGGGACCUAGAAAUAAUUUUAUGAAUGGCAGGGGCCAAGAUAGUUAUAAUACGCGACAGCAAAAUCCUUCGACAAUGAACCAACAGUUUGGAAUGUACGAUAAUAAUCAACAUGGUUUCAGAGGUCGAGGCCGCGGUUUCUCUGCACCUAGAGGUCGUGGAAGAGGAUACUAUUAAAACUAUUUAUAUUCUUGGAAGAAUAUUUUACUACGAUUACCAUUGCAAUUGCCUGGAUAGGUGAGCGCUAAGUAUUUGUGAUUAAUAAUAAUAAUUUUAUGAAAUAAGAACUGCAAUGAACUUCUUAGUUCUAUAUUUUAGUUGUCAUAAUAAAAACAAGCAUUUAAA